AUGACCGUGAGGAAGAAGCUGCUGCGAUCUUCGCCAAGUACCAUUGCGACGAUGACACCCAUCAUCCACUCGUCUCCCUUCAAGUGGACGAUUCUGGAGCAGAUGGCGCUGCACCGUGUGGAGAAUCCCGGCUGGGACUUCCGCGAGCUUUUUGACACGCGCGCCUUCUGGUACAGAACCCUCAUGGUUAUCUGCAUGGCAUUCUUUGUCACCUCUUUCCUACCGGCCAUGCUCAAUACCGCCCGCAUCCAAAGCUCCUCUACGCGGCUACUUCUCAAUGCUAUUAACCCCUUCUUCUCCCUCGGUGGUGCUAUCUAUGGUGCUACGCUGCUCGACAAGCUUGGUCGUCGCAAGAUGCUCUUUUAUGGCCUCUUCGGAGCUAUGCUGUCAUACGUCGCGCUCACCGCACUCACAGCCGAGAGUUCCAGCAACCCGGAGUUGGUUUAUGGCGUAUCGUUUUCAUUUACCUUUUCGGUAUCUCCUUCGCUUGGGGGUGGACGCCACUACAGGUUUUGUACUGUAAUGAUGUACGGUUACGCUCGCGCUACAUCCCACUGA